GUGUGAAGGGAACGUGCUCUAUGUGACAGACCUAGGAGACAGUCCACAGCUCCAUCUCCCAGCACAAUCAGCUAUCACCCCAGGUUUUACAAUACUAGUGGCUGCAGCAGGCUGUGUGUGCUAUUGAGUUACGGGACUCGCUGGAGAGUACUGGGGGUUGCAGCAUGUGAGUAAACAAAGGAUAAAAACCAGGUGACGCAAUGAUUGGUCCUGACCUCACCGUAAGUGCCCCGACCCGUGUCUUCCAUUCCUUGCUGCUGAUUGGCUGCCUGCUCUUCCUCACCUCCGCACAUGCCUCCUCAUCCUCAUCGUCCUCACAUCGGCAUGACUACUGCAUCAUUGGCGGCGGGCCCGGUGGACUACAGCUUGGCUACUUCAUGGAACAAAAGGGCAGAGAUUACGUUAUUUUUGAAAAAUCAAAUGUUUCUGGAAACUUUUUUACAGUAUAUCCUCGCCACAGAAAAUUGAUCAGUUUAAACAAGCGCUACACUGGCCAGACAAACAAAGAAUUCAACAUGCGGCAUGACUGGAACUCCCUGCUGAGUCAUGAUGAAAGUCUGCUGCUGAAACAUUACUCCAAGGAAAUGUUCCCCCACGCUGACGUGCUGCUCCAUUACCUGAGAGACUACGAGAGGAAGCUGGGUAUCAACGUCCAGCACAACACGGAGAUUAUGGCUAUAAAUACCGUAAAGGAUGCUGCCAUGCCGGACGGACAGUACUUCUCUCUCGAUGAUCAAAACAAGAACAAUUAUCAAUGCAGAUCUGUGAUAGUUGCCACUGGCCUGUGGAAGCCCAACAUCCCCAACGUCCCCGGGAUUGAAUAUGCUGUUGGUUAUGAAGAUGUGUCCAUCAAUACUGAUGACUUCGAAGGACAGACAGUGCUUAUACUUGGUCGAGGCAAUGCAGCAUUUGAAACAGGGGACGCCAUCUAUGGUUCCACAAACCUUAUACAUAUGGUAGGGAGAUCACGUGUCCGGUUGUCGUGGGCAACACACUAUGUGGGAGACCUCAGAGCUGUGAACAAUGGCCUGCUGGACACCUACCAACUCAAGUCACUGGACGGAGUUCUUGAGGCAUCCCUAAGUGAGGUGAAGUUUGUCAAGACGAAGGACGAUAAAUACGUUGUGGCACUCAAUACAGAAGAGGAACAGGAGGUGGAGUUGUCUUAUCUUGAUAACUUCGCCAUGAGGGAACCAUAUGACAAGAUUAUUCGCUGUCUGGGAUUUGAUUUUGAUGAUUCUAUAUUUACAAACUCUUCCAGAGUAAGUCGAGGAAAAGGGAGGUCCAAGAAAUACCCCUUGAUCAAACACAACUAUGAGUCAAUGGAAGUGCCAGGGAUGUUUUUUGCUGGCACGAACACCCACUCUCUCGACCACAGGAAGUCUGCGGGAGGCUUCAUCCAUGGCUUCCGAUACACAGCACGUGCUCUUCACACGCUGCUGGAGUGGCGGUAUGAGGGAGUGCAAUGGCCGUCUAAGAAGCUCCCCAUCACAGACCUGAUGAGCUACCUGCUGAAGAGGAUGAAUGAAGCGUCCGGCAUCUACCAGAUGUUCAGUGUGCUAGGAGAUGUUAUACUCCUCAAUGAAGAUGGCUCCAUGUUUGAAUACUUUGAGGAAUUCCCCAUCAACUUGCUCCAUCAGUUUCCCUCCGUUACUGGACACCCUGCUACCAGAGUUAUUGCCCUUGUCAUGCAAUAUGGGGCCAACUUUUCGGGACCAGGAAACGACAUAUUCCGUGUGGACCGAGCGACUGGCGAGCCUUCCGAAGCACAUCACUCCAACUUCCUCCACCCUGUGUUGUACUAUUACGACCAGCUACCCACAGAGGAACAGAUGAAGUAUCGAUUGAAACGAGAUAUACUUCCUCGACCAAAGUUGAUCCACCAUAUUGUGGAAGAUUUCCUCACGCUAUGGGACGCCCCCCUCAGUCACGUCCUACCCCUUAGACGAUACCUCGAUCAAAUCCUUGACACUGAUACCCGCCACUUCUUCACGGAAACUUGUUUCAAGAUGGCCAUGACCCAUGCAAGCGUUCCCUUGACCUGUCAGAAACACUACCUUGAAGGUCAAGGUCUGACUGGAACAAGUGCUCUUCGUCGUAAAGCAUUUGAAAUUGGACUAAUGGCGUAACAGUGAGAGAAAUACAAUCCUGUUUCCCUGUGAUAUGCAAAAUCUGCCCUAAUGUUCUUGUUGAACUGAUUCUUUUUCCCAAAUCAGAAUGUAUUUUUGAUGUGUAGAUCUGAACAUAGGUUUUUGUCUGAAGAAGUGGUAUAUGGAGAUCAACUGCAGAGCACAGACGUGCAGUAAACUUGUCAAAUAAUACGUCUUCUUGCCAAAUAAUGUACAAACCCAUUGCCUUCUGUUUGUAAGAAAACAGGUUCCUGUAAGAGUUAUCUCCCAUGCAACAUGCAUCUAACACAGACGUAUCGGUUUCUAUCUUAGUCUUGUUAAUUCAUGGCUAUUAGUGGAUCUUGUUGAGUAUCUUGAAUACCAAAGUUGUCAUAUCAUGGUGUUAGGGAUAAUAGAACUGUAGCUGAUCACGAUGUAAAUUAUAUAUCAGGGAUGUCACAGUUAGACUUUUUCUCUAUACGAUAUGUAUCGCAGUACUUUAUUCGUAGCAAUUUUGCUUGAAUUUAUAUAUUUCAUAAGGCAUAAAGAUUAUUUAAAAGGUUAGAAACUUCCUGAAUAUGUCGACGGAUAUUUGAAAAAAGAUACAUGUAUGUUCUUAUUUCAAUCAAUACCCAUACUUUAUCCUGGAAAAAACUGGACUGUCAGCACCAGUAAGACAAAGACUUGAACAGAAUUUAUAUCUUAAAACUGUGUACAUUGUAGAUGAAGUAUAAAUUAAUAAUGAUAAAAUUGUUUAUUAUUAAUGUAAGUACGACACAUUUUGCCAUUACAGUCAUAAAUAUGCCAUGUGUGACCGAAACAGGAUUCAAAUAUGAAUCGAUACAAGAUUGAAAUAUGAAUCGAUACAGGUAGGUGUGUAUAGCAUAGCACAUCUUCUAAGAAUGAUAUUGAUGUAGUGGUUUAUUGUGACAUCCCUAUUCGAGACCCUGACUGUGUUCAGGAUGGAAUGACUGAAGGGUGGUUAAAGGGUUGCCAGCACACAGCAUGUUACUUUCAUGAUUUACUUCGUAUCUUGUUUAUUCAAUGAGUUGUGCCAUUUUUAAUGCUGUUUAAUUUGCUGCUGACAUGGAAUAUGCUUUCCUUAUGAACAGUAGUUUUUAGAAGUAUAUGUUUUGAAGGUUCUCCUGAUAUUUUAUCAACUAGUUACUGAUAUGCUGUUGGACUAAUCCUAUCACUGCAUGCUGUAAUAGUGGUUGUUUUCGUCAGAUUUGUAACUGAAUAAAAGGGACACUUUUAUACGUACUGGCACAUUUGACAUGAGUUAUUAAGCUGAGUGAAUUAAGUUGCUUGUGCCUCUCAGCCUACACUUCGUUGCCCAUGUGCUCGCCGCUUCUGCUGCAGAUCUUGUUCACCUUGCCUUGUGUGUGCAAAGGUAAAGGUCAGAUCUUGUUCACCUUGCCUUGUGUGUGCAAAGGUAAAGGUCAGAUCUUGUUCACCUUGCCUUGUGUGUGCAAAGGUAAAGGUCAGAUCUUGUUCACCUUGCCUUGUGUGUGCAAAGGUAAAGGUCAGAUCUUGUGAAUUCUAAGGAAAAUUUGUGUGCUAAUAUUUGAUACUUAAUCAUAAGACUCUACUUACCUAAUAAGGAGACAUGACCUGUGGUUUUAUGGAUUUAAUCCAAGGUCAAGGUCACAAGUUCAGAUCCUAAAAACAUGGCAAGAGCGUUUGGGCUAAUUAUUUCAGUUUGCCUGAUGAGAUGAGAUGAGAUGGCAAUAGUCUGUCAGAUAAGAUGAAUUAUUAAUACGUUCAUCAGCAUAUUGUCAUAACUUUAGAAAUUUUAAUAUGGCUGCUGUCAAUUCACUGUCAAUAUUUUAACAGUUAAGGGUGUAUUUUGUCAUAGUUUGUCAAUCACAUUUUAGGAUCUUCAUGAAACUGGGUGUCCAUAUCGUUUAUGAGGUUCUAUUGUUUUGUUGCUAUAUAUCUAACGGUCAAGGUUGAGGUUUUUUUUAUAACUGAGAGCUUGAGUUGUAUACAUCUCCGUUACUGUAGAUGCAGUGUUGAAUUGUUGGUUUGUGUCCUUCUGAUGAAGAUGGUGAUUGGAUGGAAUCAGUUUCAGCUAAUGCUAACAUCAUUUUUGGUCUGUGUAUAGAUGUGUCAUGAUACCACAGGGUCCAGCUAAUCCUAUUAUGGUAACCAGCUACAGACACUGUUCUUCUUGUAGAACUGUACAUGACACCCUGGUGUCCGAACACCAGCUACACUACAGGUGAAAGACACAAAUUCCAGUAGAAUGUACAUGACACCCUGGUGUCCGAACACCAGCUACACUACAGGUGAAAGACACUAAUUCCAGUAGAAUGUACAUGACACCCUGGUGUCCAAACACCAGCUACACUACAGGUGAAAGACACUAAUUCCAGUAGAAUGUACAUGACACCCUGGUGUCCGAACACCAGCUACACUACAGGUGAAAGACACAAAUUCCAGUAGAAUGUACAUGACACCCUGGUGUCCGAACACCAGCUACACUACAGGUGAAAGACACUAAUUCCAGUAGAAUGUACAUGACACUCUGGUGUCCAAACACCAGCUACACUACAGGUGAAAGACACUAAUUCCAGUAGAAUAUACAUGACACCCUAGUGUCCGGACACCAGCUACACUACAGGUGAAAGACACUAAUUCCAGUAGAAUGUACAUGACACCCUAGUGUCUGGUCAUCAGCUACACUACAGGUGAAAGACACUUAUUCCAGUAGAAUGUACAUGACACCCUAGUGUCCGAACACCAGCUACACUACAGGUGAAAGACACUAAUUCAAGUAGAAUGUACAUGACACCCUGGUGUCCGGACAACAGCUACACUACAGGUGAAAGACACUUUUAUUCCAGUAGGAGAGGCAGAUAUACACGUUAUGAUGUCAUUUAGUCAUUCCUAUUGAUGUUUUUCUUUUCCCUGGUGAUUGAAAGAGAUUUGCGUUACUGAAUCAGUGAAAGUGCAGUUAUUUUAAAAAAUGGGGAAAGAACAUUAUGAUGGUGCUAACUCUAGAGCAUAUCCAAAAUUGGUGUAUGGGUAUUUGUCAAAUAUCAAAUAAUUGUGUAUGUUGCUAUCAGAUAUACCAAGACCUAAUGAAAAUUAUUCAUAUUUAUGGUGUUGCUUCUACUUCUACUCAUAGAGCACCACUAUUACCCAUCUCCUUACUCUAGAGCACCACAACACUGAUCUUUUCACUGCACCACCAAUACCCAUGCCCUUACUCUAGAGCACCACAACACUGAUCUUUUCACUGCACCACCAUUACCCAUCUCCUUACUCCAGAGCACCACAACACUGAUCUUUUCACUGCACCACCAAUACCCAUCUCCUUACUCUAGAGCACCACAACACUGAUCUUUUCACUGCACCACCAAUACCCAUCUCCUUACUCUAGAGCACCACAACACUGAUCUUUUCACUGCACCACCAAUACCCAUCUCCUUACUCUAGAGCACCACAACACUGAUCUUUUCACUGCACCACCAUUACCCAUGACCUUACUCAUAGAGCACCAAUAUUACCUAUCUCUUUACAAUUAUGAGCAUCACCAACAGCCAUUUCCUUACUCAUAAGAGCACCACCAACAGCCAUUUCCUUUCUCUUAAGAGCACCACCAACACCCAUCUUCUUACUAAGUUAGCAAUACCUGUCUCCUGUACGACUGAAAACAGACCAAUAAAAGCACCACCUUCAGAGCACCACCAACAGCCAUUUCCUUACUCUUCAGAGCAGCACCAACAGCCAUUUCCUUACUCUUAAGAGCAUCACCAACAGCAAUUUCCUUACUCUUCGGAGCACCACCAACAUCCAUUUCCUUACUCUUAAGAGCAUCACCAACAGCAAUUUCCUUACUCUUAAGAGCAUAACCAACAGCCAUUUCAUUACUCUUAAGAGCAUCCCCAACAGCCAUUUCUUUACUCUUAAGAGCAUCACCAACAGCAAUUUCCUUAUUCUUCAGAGCACCACCAACAGCAAUUUCCUUACUCUUAAGAGCACCACCAACAUCCAUUUCCUUACUCUUAAGAGCAUCACCAACAGCCAUUUUCUUACUCUUAAGAGCAUCACCAACAGCAAUUUCCUUACUCUUAAGAGCACCACCAACAGCCAUUUCUUUACUCUUAAGAGCAUCACCAACAGCCAUUUCCUUUCUCUUAAGAGCACCACCAACACCAAUCUCCUUACUAAGUUAGCAAUACCUGUCUCCUUACUCUAAGCACCAUCAGUACCAUCUCCUGUAGCCUUGUGUUGCCCCCUGUCCUAUCCUGUCUAUUUCUCUACAGUAUUACACCCCUUCUUGCUCACAGUAGUGGUAGCGUAUGCUAGUGUUUGUGUCCAGCCUUGAGCUUGCUGGAACAGUUGUGUUUCUCUCCAUCAUUGUUUUAGUCUGCUAGGAUCUUGCUGGGACAGUUGUGAGUGUGUCCAGCCUUGAUUUAGUCUGCUAGGAUCUUGCUGGACAGUUGUGCUUUCUUCUCCAUUGUUUUAGUCUGCUAGGAUCUUGCUUUGACAGUUGUGAGUGUGUUCAGCCUUGAUUCAGUCUGCUAGGAUCUUGCUGGGACAGUUGUGAGUGUGUCCAGCCUUGAUUUAGUCUGCUUGGAUCUUGCUUGGACAGUUGUGAGUGUGUCCAGCCUUGUUUUAGUCUGCUAGGAUCUUGCUGGAACAGUUGUGUGUCCAGUCUUGUUUUAGUCUGCUAGGAUCUUGCUGGGACAGUUGUGUGCCCAGCCUUGUUUUAGUCUGCUAGGAUCAUGCUGGGACAGUUGUGAGUGUGUCCAGCCUUGUCUUAGUCUGCUUGGAUCUUGCUGGGACAGUUGUGAGUGUGUCCAGCCUUGUCUUAGUCUGCUUGGAUCUUGCUGGGACAGUUGUGAGUGUGUCCAGCCUUGUUUUAGUCUGCUUGGAUCUUGCUGGGACAGUUGUGAGUGUGUCCAGCCUUGUCUUAAUCUGAUUGGAUCUUGCUGGGACAGUUGUGAGUGUGUCCAGCCUUAUUUUAGUCUGCUAGGAUCUUGCUGGGACAGUUGUGAGUGUGUCCAGCCUUGUUUUAGUCUGCUUGGAUCUUGCUGGGACAGUUGUGAGUGUGUCCAGCCUUGUUUUAGUCUGCUUGGAUCUUGCUGGGACAGUUGUGAGUGUGUCCAGCCUUGUCUUAGUCUGCUUGGAUCUUGCUGGGACAGUUGUGAGUGUGUCCAGCCUUGUUUUAGUCUGCUAGGAUCAUGCUGGGACAGUUGUGAGUGUGUCCAGCCUUGUCUUAGUCUGCUUGGAUCUUGCUGGGACAGUUGUGAGUGUGUCCAGCCUUGUCUUAGUCUGCUUGGAUCUUGCUGGGACAGUUGUGAGUGUGUCCAGCCUUGUCUUAGUCUGCUUGGAUCUUGCUGGGACAGUUGUGAGUGUGUCCAGCCUUGUUUUAGUCUGCUUGGAUCUUGCUUGGACAGUUGUGAGUGUGUCCAGCCUUGUGCUGGGACAGUUGUUUGUCAUAGUUCACAUUUAUAUUUAGCUCCCACAAAUCAAUAUGUCCCUCCUCCCCUGUAUCUGUGUUAUCUCCACCUUGGACAGGAAAAUACAAACUAGGGCUAUGUAUGCUUUAUUUUACCCUUAUACUAAUGAAUGACAAAAUCAGACACUGAUAUGAGGAACAUGUGUUGCCUUACUUACUGAAACCGCUGUACAGGACAAGUUGCAAGGAGUCUCCCACUGCUCAUCCUUGGGACUUUCAACUGUGUCGUGUAUAUGCACGCCUUGAAGUAGACCAAUGAUCCUAGAGCUACAGCAGCGUCUGUCAGGCUCUUUGAUAUAAGAUUAGGCGUCACAACGCGCAUUUUGAAAGAACAAGUGAAUAUUUUGAUGUAAUCAAUUGUUCUUCAGUUGGCCAGAACUUUAUAUCAGGAUCCUGUUCGUCAAGGUGAUCGUAGCACUAGAAGUGUCAUAAGUGAUAUUCUCAAAGAUUUCGGGGCCAAUCAUUGUGCAAUCUGGUGAGGGAGAAUUGAAAAUCCUGGAAAAUGUCCUUAGAUUUUACAUACAAAAAUCAUUUACUGUAAUGCUGGUUGGUCUGAAAUAAAUGUGUUCUCUGAAUUCCUUUGAACCCAUUGUACCACUAUGAUGAUUGUAACUCCCCUAUUUAUACAAAGGCUUCUAUACUAGUCGCACUAAGAUAGCUCUGUCGAAUUGGGACCCAUCCUUAAUGACAGUUUUAGAGCUACAGUUGCCGUGUGUAACAAGCCCCGGAGAGUUCUCUACAGUCCAUUCUGGACAGGACAAACUCUGAUGUGGGGAAUAACAGCUGAACUUUGAACAAAACCUCACGGGUGAAUAAUAGCUAUAACGCCCUGAGUUUUCAGUCGAAUGGUUAUAACUGGAGUUGAGUGUAUAUAAUGGAUUUCAUUUUCUGAAAGCUCUGCCUGCCUCCCAUGUUCUGACAUGAUCUUGUGUUUGUGUAUUGGUGGUGGCUUGUUGACCUAAUGAAAGUCUAUUAAUCCUUUGUUGUUGAUAUUGUCAUUCAGACAGUUUGUUUCCUGUUGUUACCAACUGUGUUAUAAUUAAUGUCCAUUGUUGAAACUGAUUUGAUUAACCUUUUAAUGGUCACUUACCCGAAGAAAGCAAUAUUACUGAGCAGAACUUCAAAUUGUCCAGUGUAGCAUCACACCUGUUUCAUGUUGGAACAGACACCUGCCUGUGUUGCAUUAUAUGCAUAGAUUCAUGUUUUGUCUCUUCAUACAUUUAGAAUUAUAUUUUAAAUGCCAAAAAUGCCAGAAGCCCGGCAUGGCUUGACCAGACAGUGCAUGAGCAGGUUAAGUGUGACGAUGUCUCCCUAGAACUACCCAAUUAUUUGGAUGGAACACACAACUUAAGUUCUCAAAAUGAUGAAAUGUUCCAAUCAAAAGUCAUUACAAUAAAGAUUUGUGCUGUUACAGAGGCAUUCAGGAGGUUGGAUACAGACAAUAGCUGUUUAUUAUUACUAAACAUUGCACAGGUUAAAUAUACACUUCAUGGUUGUCCUGUUUCUGGUUCCUUUAGUUCAUUGUGAAAAUCAAGUUUUAGGGUUCGGAAGUACUGCGAAUAUUGUGUGUAAAUCCCUCAAAGAGCGUUCUGCCUUCGUGGUCAAACCUCACUGACUGGGUCAGCUUGACCUUGCUAGGUCAUGUUGACCUAUAGUUGGAUGUUCUUCAACUACCAGUAUGUUUGAUGGCCUGAGAUUGGUAGGUUAAAGUGACCUCUCCUUCUGAAGAUGUUGGGGGAACCUAUCUGUAAAUACUACUACCAAUAAAGUAUUUUUCUAAACA